AUGACACGGCAGAUUCUAGUUGCAUUGUCUACAUCACAUAAGUCACAUCAUGUAGAUAUAAGCCAGCAUGUGGCCAAGUGUGAUGCCAGAAGGCUCUAUGAAACUGGGGAAGGUAGGUCAGGAGCCAUUGAAGAAUCUGUUGUGUUAGAGAUACUCAGCAAGAGGAGCAUUCCACAGCUCAGACUAACAUUCUCUUGCUAUAAGCAAAUUUAUGGACAUAGUUAUACAAAGUCACUCAAAAAGGAGACCUCUGGAGAAUUUGAGGAUGCACUGAGAGUUGUUGUAGAGUGCAUGUGCAGUCCACCUCCAUACUAUGCGAAGACAUUAUUUGGAUGCAUCAAUGGGUCCAAGACAGAUAAGAGUACUUUGGCACAUGUUAUAGUGAGCAGAGCUGAAAUUGACAUGGAUGAAAUUAAAGUGCUCUUCAAGAAAAAGUAUGGCAUGGAGCUAAUGGAUGCUAUCAUUGAGAGCCUCCCAAGUGGGGAUUACAGGGACUUUCUUGUCGCCUUAGUUACUAGAUGA